CGGCGCGCGCAGGACGUAACCCCGGCGUGACGCACAGCCCGGCGAGCCCGUUUGUUUUAAUGUGGAAGUGGAUCCUACAGCAUAAUGUAAAUCAAACAAGCAAAGGAAAAAAGGAUGUCCAAAGUGGUCUUCCUGGAUUUCGAUAAAGGACCAUUGCAGGAAGCCAUGGAUAUUAGUUGUGAGUUAUAACAUCUUAAUUCAAAGAGUCUAGUGUAAAUGUACUUAAUGGAUAGACCAGCAAUAUGGAUGAUUUAGAGACAAAUACCGAAGUCACUGGUGCUAAAGAAGAAGAAAUCCUAUGUGAUGAUAAUUUUGUAUCUGAGGAAGAAGGUGGCAUUCCCAAACCAGAAGAGAGUGACACAUCAUUUCAGAACAAUACAUUGACUCUGACUGAGGAGCUAUCAAGGGACAGAUCUGAAAAAGCCUUAAGUGGAGGCCAGGCUUCUCUGUUUAUACACACUGGUGCUCCUACUGUUCCUAGUGAAAACUUUAUGUUGUCUAGAGGAGCUGCUGUUAAUGGACCAGUUUCACACUCCACCUCAACAAAGACUUCCAAUAUGAAUAAGGGCAGCGUUUCAUUAACCACUGGACAGCCUGGAGGUCAUCUUGCAGAUUCCUGCUCAACUUUGACAGUGGUUCAUGAUCUGCAGCUGCCUGCGAAGAGUACAACACAGAAAUCCAAUCAGCACCAGGUUUUAUUUUUGUUACCUGAUGUAGCACAUGCUAAGAACCUGACUCAUUCCAUUAAAAAUCUACCUACCUCUGCUUCAAUUGGUUGUGAUUCACAGAAAACAGUAGGAAAUAGUGUAGAUAGCACUUUAGUAGACCAAGUAGAAGUUUGUGAGGAUGAUAAAAAUUUACUAUUAAAAGAUGAUUGUGUCGAUACAUUAACAAGCAUUUCCUCAGGUACAGGUGGCUUCGGAUCGGGAUGUGAUCCCAGCUGGGAUCCACAGAAAGAGUUUAUACAGUUUCUUAUGACUAAUGAAGAAACAACAGAGAAGUCUCCCGUUCACUGUAAGGUAGGGCUAGAAAAGAAACGAAAAAGGAAAAUGGAUGUUAGUAAAAUAACACGCUAUACUGAAGACUGUUUUGAUGAUACCAGUUGUAUUCCUAGUAAAUCAAAACUGUUAAAUGUUGAAUUCUUAGAGCAGAAUGAGGAGCUACAAAUAGUAGAACCACAGAAAUACUCAUUGAGUAAAGUAAAGCCCGAAUCUACAGAUGAAGAGCUGGAAACUGUUGAUGGUAUCCAGCAGCUCAUUUAUAGUCCCACUAGUAACUGUGCAGAAGAUACUUCUCCUGUUCACACUAGCACUUUUCUAUCCAAUACUUUGAAAAACAAAUGUGAAGAGAAUGAUUCUGAACCACCAUCUACUUUCAGUACUGAUGAACCAUCGUUUUAUCCCUGUACAAAGUGCAAUGUGAAUUUUAGAGAGAAGAAACAUCUGCAUAGGCAUAUGAUGUACCAUUUAGAUGGGAACAGUCAUUUUCGGCAUCUCAAUGUCCCCAGGCCCUAUGCGUGUAGGGAAUGCGGAAGGACAUUCCGAGAUCGUAAUUCCCUUCUUAAACAUAUGAUAAUUCACCAGGAAAGAAGGCAGAAACUGAUGGAAGAAAUCCGUGAGCUGAAAGAACUUCAGGAUGAGGGUAGGAGUGCACGGUUACAAUGCCCACAGUGUGUAUUUGGUACCAAUUGUCCCAAAACGUUUGUGCAGCAUGCAAAGACCCAUGAAAAAGAUAAAAGAUAUUACUGUUGUGAGGAAUGCAAUUUCAUGGCUGUGACAGAAAAUGAACUGGAAUGCCAUCGAGGGAUCGCUCAUGGAGCAGUAGUCAAGUGUUCAAUUAUUGGUAGUGACUUGUCCCAGAGAAAAACUCAGAAAAAGGCAUCCUUGAAAGAUCCUUAUUUAGGAUCCUCAAGAAAGUCAUCGACCUAUAUGUGUAAGCUGUGUCCAUUUGCUACUUCAGCUAGAAGCAUUUUAAAAAAACACAUGGCAUAUUUGCAUUCAGGAUCAUGCCUUGAUCCCUUUGGUAGCCAUCUUAGACUAGAGAAAAGAAAAGGCAGUAUAAUAGAAGAAUCUUUAGAUUUUCGUAGCAGGACAAAACAGUUGAUCAAACAUUCUUCUACUUUUCCAAAGAACUCUGCUUUAAAACAGGAUGCAAAAAGAUCAUUUGGCUCUACUUCACAAUCCAGUAACUUCGCAAAACUUCACAAGAGACCCUACAGGAUACAGAAGGCUCGGAAAAGCGUUUCACAGUCAUCUAAACUAAACUCUGCUGAAAAAAAAGACAGCUAUGAAACGGAGGAUGAAAGUUCAUGGGAUAAUGUUGAACUAUGUGAUUACACUACACAGUCUGUGGAGGAUGAAUCUUACAGUGAUAUUAAUCAGGAGCAUGUAAACCUAUUCCCCAUAUUCAAAGGUAAAAUGGAAGAUAAUGAAGCUGGUGAUAGAUCUUCACUUGGUUAUGAGCAGAAUGAUGGCUUUUAUUUUGAGUAUUACGAAGAUGCUGAGGGUAGUAACUUCUUGCAUGAUUUGCAUGAUCCUCAGAAUUUAGAAAAUGUAGGAUCAGCAUUGCCAAAGCAUAAUUCAGUUUUCCACUGGACUGAUUUGUCGCUUGAAAAGAAAUCGUGCCCAUACUGUCCAGCAACCUUUGAAACAGGUGUUGGCUUGUCCAAUCAUGUCAGAGGACAUCUUCACAGAGCUGGACUAAGCUAUGAAGCCCGUCAUGUUGUUUCACCAGAACAGAUAGCAACAAGUGACAAAAUGCAGCAUUUUAAAAGAGCUGGAACAGGGACUCCAGUUAAACGUGUUAGAAAAGCGAUUGAGAAAUCUGAAACUUCCUCUGAGCAUACAUGUCAGCUGUGUGGUGGCUGGUUCGAUACUAAAAUUGGAUUGUCUAAUCAUGUGCGAGGACACCUGAAGAGGCUUGGCAAAACCAAGUGGGAUGCACACAAGUCUCCCAUCUGUGUUCUGAAUGAGAUGAUGCAAAAUGAAGAGAAGUAUGAAAAAAUCCUAAAGGCUUUGAACAGUCGCCGUAUUAUUCCCAGACCAUUUGUUGCUCAGAAAUUUGCAUCAAAUGAUGACUUUUUAUCUCAGAAUGUUAUACCUCUUGAAGCAUACCAUAAUGGCUUAAAGACUGAAGAUAUAUCUGUGUCUGCAUCGGAGGAAGAAGGGCUGAGUUUCCUAAAUGAAUGUGAUGAAACAAAAGCAGUACUGCAUGAUGAAAAAAGAAAUCAGUCACUUACACUGAUAGAACUCCUGAAAAACAAGAGGUUAGGAGAAGAAAGGAAUCCUGAUAUUUCCCCUCAAAAGAUUCAUAAUCAAACUGCAAGAAAGAGGUUUGUUCAGAAAUGUGUUCUUCCAUUAAAUGAAGACAGUCCAUUGAUGUAUCAGCCACAAAAAAUGGACUUGACUAUGCAGUCAGGUAUGCCUGUGAAGCUUAGAACGUGUGUGCAUUGCAAUACGACGUUUACAAGUGCUGUUAGCCUGUCCAACCACUUACGCGCUUAUGCACGAAAGAAGAGUGCUGGACUUUUGACUGGGACAGCUUUAGACUGUAAACAAAAGAAGUCAAGGUCAAGAUCCGGAAGCAAGAAGAAAAUGCUGCCGUUACCUCAUAGUGCUGAUGAAGUUUACAUACUCAGAUGCAGGUUUUGUGGUCUGGUCUUUCGAGGACCUUUGUCUGUUCAAGAAGACUGGAUAAAGCACUUGCAGCGACACAUUGUCAACGCAAAUCUUCCACGGACUGGAGCUGGCAUGGUUGAGGUCACAUCACUACUUAAAAAGCCUGCUUCAAUUACUGAAACUUCAUUUUCUUUACUGAUGGCAGAAGCAGCAUCAUAGAACGCAGAAACAUUUUAAAUUUUAAUUGGAUGUAAAUUUGAAAUACUUCAUCAUUUUUUAAAAUAAAUGGCUACACUAAAUUAUGUUUAUAAAUGCUUAAGAGAGAAAAUAGAGGAAGUGGAUUACAGUAACAUCAAAAUAAAUUGAAUACUUAACAGUUACAAUAAGUAGUCUUUAUAUUUUAUAUAGGGUGGAAGAUGUGUUUUUAAGGUUUAUUAUGUUUUUGUCAGUUACUGUGUUCACUAUCAAUACAAGACCAUUAUAUGUAUGGCAGCCAUUUUUAAAUUGUUGCACAUGGGUACUUAAAGGAGAUUUUAAUAAAACAAAGAAACCACGUUCUCUUCAGUGUUACCCAAAUCAAGGUUCUGUUUAUUCCAAAAAGAAUUACAUAGUAAAAUAAGAUACUAUUAUAUUUUGUUUGUAUGUAUGUAGUGUUUUGUAUAAUACCAAGAACUGCUAAUACAAUUUACUCAACUUAGGGCAUUAAAUACCAUGUACUUCAUAGUUCAAGAGACUGUUUCGUUCAAAUAGGGCAAUUAGUACUAUUCUAUCUAGGUGUGUAAGUGUUUUUUUUAAAUCACAUGAGGCUUUUUGUACUAAAAAGUGGAGGGAAACUUGUUUAAACAAAUUUCUAAGAGAAAUAUGUACAUAAUACUGGAAAUUUGUGGUAAGGAAAUAUUCUUUACUUCAGUUGCAUUUCUCACUGACAAUAAAGUGGUGCAUCCAUGCUACCUCCUACUUGUCAACAAAGAUGGUAUUUACCCUUAUGUUUUUGUAUCAUAGUAGAUUCAAUCCAACUUUCUUUAUUACAAAGCAUCUUUUUGUUAACAAGUUUGUUACUUCUAUGACAAUUUACUUAAAGUCUGACUUGCUUACAGAAGUUUGCCUCUACUAUUUUAUUUAACACUGUAGAAAUGUACUAAUAAGCAUUGCUCACUACACGGUUAGAGUAGGCUUUUCAUUUAUAAUUCUGUUUAAAAGAUUGAUCAUUUUAGAGAAUUCAAACACAGAUUGAAAUGUUUCCACAUAUGAAGAGAAUGUUUACAACUUAAAUUUUAGAGCUUGUUUUGGAUGUGAUUAUAUGUAUGAAAACUGUAACACUAUGCUCAUGCUAAGGACCUACUUACAGAAUUAUUAAAAUAAAUGUGCUGUGAGGAUGGAAAUAUGGUGCAGGUGUCUUGGUCAUGAUGAAUUGUGUUUGUUCAUUUAAACUGUCUUCAGAACAUGAUUUUUGUUUAAAUCAAAUUAGAUUCCUCUACAAAUCAAUUUUGUAUGCAAGUAACAUUUCAUUUUACUCAUAUAGGGUAACAGAUACUGUAGUUAAGCCAAGGAUAUGCAUUGAUAUUUUCUUUAUAUGUAAAUAAAGUUAAAAGCAGUUAAAGCAAGAGGAGUAUUUUGGUAGAGUAUAUACAUACCUCACUGCCAGUGAAAUUGCUUUCCUAUGGUAUAUCUCCUUACCAGAAAAAUCUCUAAAUAAAAAGGUUUAAAGAAAAUAUAAAUGUCUAUAAUGUGAAGCAUUUAUUUGCAUUGUGUGAAUUAAGUUUGUGGAAUUGGUUUGUCUUGCUUGAGAUUAGAGACUUCUCAUGAUCUUAAGUAAAAGUACAUUUACUUGCAAUAAACUGAAUUGUUCAUAGAUGCAUUACAUUUGAUUGGUGGAAAGUAUGAAUAAAUGUCUGUCUUCCUGGAUGCACAGAGUUCAGAGUUAACACAUGAGGCUUGUUAAUGUUCUGAUAGAAUAGAUGGGCUAAAAAUGCACAACUGUGCAAGACAGAGGCCUCAGACAAGGCCAUCCUAGCUCUGUCAAGGCUGUCAUUAAAUUAGUGGUGUCAGGUGUUUAACUGUACAAAUUGCUACAGUUAAGUUUAGCUUUCUUGUUGAAAUUUAUUCUCUUGUAAGUGGAAAAAUCUACAUCAUUACAUUUAAAGUCUGGAGGAAUAAAUACUUUAGAGAUUUUAGAAAAGAUAACUGGGAUGUUGAAGUGUAUUGCAAACAAAUAGUGUAUGCAGACUAACAAAUUUCUGAAUUUGUGGAUACUUGUGGAGCUUUUUUAUACGAUGUGAAAACUGGAGAUUUAAAGCAGUGUGUUGAAACAGAAUAGAGGGAAGUGAUCACAUCACCUUGAAUGUUUAUAAUGCUUUAAUAGAGUGCUUGUUUACCCUUCUCACCAAAAAAGGUGCUUGUGAGAGCACCAUAUUUUAUGGCUGUUUAGCAAAUGAAAAAAUCAAUUAAGUGCAAAUGAUAUUUAUCUAGUGUUGUUAAGAAUGCUUGUAAGGUGAAGCCAUACUGUGCAGAAUUUUGCAUUAGCAAAAGACUCUUACUAGAUUCAUAAAAAUAAUUUUUAAAACCCUAGUUAAUUCUAUUUAAUUAAUUAAGCCCCAGUUGUGAGCUAUUUUAUGUAAUACUAAAAUAAAAAUGCAAGGUUGUGUCUGAAGAGCAGUGAGCUCUAGGCUGAUCAGUUUCCAAAAUGAGAUUCUUUUGAUGAAGAACAGUUUUCAGUGACAGGCUGUGUGCCCUGCUGGCAUCAGAUCCAUGUGGUAUCGUUCAAAAAAUAUGUAGGAGUUCUAGAACUCUUCUGAUUAUUAAAUUAAUUGUUUAUGUGGUUGAUACAGGCUGAAUAAUCUUUUUUUUUUUUUUUAAUAGAGUACUAUUAGCUGUUCUUAGCCUCUAGUCCUCAAGUGGGGCUAUUUGUUUUCCUGGUUUCUGUUGUGUGGAAAUACAGAUAUUUUUAAUCAUUAUCUACAAGGAACUAUAAAUCCCCCUCUCUGGAGUUACCAAAAUUCUAAGUAAUGUAGUAGAAGAGGGUAAAUUAAAUGGGUCACUUUGUGAUGCCAGUCUGAUGUUGUGUGGCUUGAGGGGCUCUGGCAGUCUGUACUGAAGGGCUGGACUUGCAGAGUUGCUCAUCUAACCACCGGUGUUAGUCUGUUCAAGUUGGGUAAAGGCUGCGGUGGCACAGUGAUUUCUGUUGGGUUGAUUUUGGUUCUUUAUGACAGUCCUACUCGUUUCUGAAGUUUCCUACUCGUUUCUGAAGUUAUCCUAGUAUCUGGUAAAGGUCUCUUUAGUAGUAGCCUCAGGAAAAUUGUAGACCACCCCCAUACACUUUUCAUAAGAUGAUGGCCUAUAUUCCCUAGUCCCAGUGAUAUUUCCAAAUCAGUCCUCUUCAAAAAGUAAAACUCUGUUUGCAUUCCUUGAAAAGAUGUUUCUGCAGAACCUUGGGUAGGUGAUGCAAGCGCCCAUGGUAGCUGCUGCCCAGGGGUGGUGAGUUCAGGCACGGAACGUGGGGGCGAGCAGGCAGCGCAUGCCGGGCAUUUACUGCGGUUUGCCCGGUCCUGCCCGUGUGUCCUGCGGGAGCUGUGUGAGGGGGCUGCUCCCAGGGCCGCGGGGAUCCAGCUCUGCCCGCAGAUCCAGCUUCUUCCUCAGGGCCCGCCCUCUGCAGGCAGCAGUGCCAGAGGGGAGCUGCGGGCCCUCCCGCCCGUAAGGGAGGGACUGGCCGGGGCACGACUGAGCAGGGAAGGGACUCACAGGAAGGACUGGCCGGGGCAGGACUGACACGAAGAAGGACUGACCGUAGGGGCCGUAGCUGCCGGGGAGGGGGGAGUGAGCGAGUCCCGGGCUGCGUGCCUGCGCUCAUUCCUGCUGUCCCAGCCAUGCUCAGGGAAAUCAGCAAGCUGUUUGAGGUAAGUGAUCACAAGACAAACGUGAGUUAUCAAUUGGGGCUCAGAGAAGAGCAUCCAGAGUUUCUGAAGGUCAGUGUCACAGGGCUGAGAUGGGAAGAUGCAAUCUUAUUUUGACUGUGAUGCUUUUCCUGGGCUAGUUAUGGUUCUAGGUUUCUUGCAGUGCUUUAAAGAGGGGUUAUGCACUAAAUCUACCUGAUUCUGAAAAUCUGCAGAAGAUAAAUUGGGCUGAAUAAAUGUGGAAAUAUUAGCAGUGAAUAACAAGGACUUGCUUUUAACUAAAUGGUUAUGGGCUGUGAACAAACCCUGUUUAGUUCAACACUAUGGUUAACAGAAUUUUUCACUUUUUAUAACAGUAGUUAGUGGCCUGGAUAUUUAAACAUCAGUCUCAUAUUUUAAAAAUUGAUUUAUAUAGUUUUGAGUUUGUUUAAAGAAAACCCCAAACUUUUUAGGGUGGUACUUACUUUAAAAAGCUGACUGCAUUAUGAUUUGAUAUUUCAAUCCACCAUGCUUUGUAGGUGCUGUUGCCUGAUUCAUGGGUAGCAAUUGUGAUGUAAUGGAAACAUUUGGCCAUAGUGCCAGGUUUGUAAUCUCUUGCAAUAAAAUGUUCCUUUCUAACACUG